CCUUAAUUUUCAUGAAAACGAAGUUGGGCCUCUGAGUAAGGCCAAACUGAAUAAAGUUCACUGUAACAGCAGCAGCAGUAGAACCCCCGUAAACGUAAAAGAGAGAGAGAGGCUUUUGGGAUUCUCCGAUUUAGGGUUCCGAUCGUAAUGGCCGAUGUGACUCUUCCUCCGUCUGAUUCCGUCGAUAACCGCCUCCCUGAGAAAUCGACCUCUUCCUCACCACCUCCUCCACCGCCUUCUUCCUCUCUGCCGCAACAAGAGCAGGAACAUGAACAGCAGCCACCUCCACAACGCCGUGAGAAAGAUUCACGAGAGCGGCGUGACGACAGAGACCUCGAACGUCCGCCUAAUCGCCGUGACCGUGACCGUUCGCCUCUCCCUCCGCCUCGUAGGGAUUACAAGAGACGGCCUAGCUUGAGUCCUCCGCCACCGUACAGAGAUAGGCGGCACUCUCCUCCCAUGCGCCGCUCACCUCCUCAUAAGCGUUAUCGGAGGGAUGAUAAUGGCUAUGAUGCUCGCCGUGGCAGUCCUCGUGGUGGCUAUGGGCCUCCCGAUAGAAGAUUUGGAUAUGAAUAUGGUGGAGGAUAUGAUCGUGAAAUGGGUGGGAGGCCUAAUUAUGGUGAUGAAAGGCCUCACGGCCGCUUUUUGGGUCGCCAUCAGGAAUGGGAGGGAGGACGUGGAGGGUAUGGUGAUGCUCCCAACAGUGGAAAUACUCAAAGGUUAAGGAUCCUUCAUCUUUGUUCCUUUUCCCUUUGUAUUUCAUGGGAUUUGCUCUCUUUUUCCUAUGGUGUGUUUAUUUUUGGUAGUAGAUAUAUAAUCUAG